AUGGAUUGGGCAAAUGUAUCAGAGCAGAAUGUGGCCAUGUUUCUUUUGGAUUUUGAGAAGGCCUAUGAUAGGGUUGAAUGGGAGUUUAUCUUAAUGAUGCUAGAAGCCUUUGGAUUUCCUGUGGAAUUUUGCAAAUGGGUGAAGAUUCUCCUUAAAGAUGCACCUGCUCAGAUAGAGAUUAAUGGUUCCCUCUCACAGAUUAUGAAGCUCGGUAGGUCUAUUAGACACGGUUGCCCUCUUGCCCCUACUCUUUUUGUUAUAGCUUAUGAUACCCUAUAUUAUAUCUUAAGAGAUUACACCAUAUCCCCUAAAGUGGGAGGUGUUAAACUUCCUGAUGGGUCUGAACUGAUUAAUACACAAUUUAUUGAUGACACUGCACUUUUUAUAGAACUCACCAAGCAAAAUAUGGAAGCCUUGGAGUGCGAAAUUAAGUUCUUAGGUGAGAUCUUAGGGGCCAAAAUUUCUUAG